CCAGCUACCUCAUCCAAGGUACUACUAAUACAGGUUCAUAUCACGUCAAAUAUACUUGGCUUCCCCCACAUGAAAGCGUCAAUAACACAUUGACCAUAGGCGCUGUCUGAUCGAUUCUUCUCUGAAUUGCUCCCUUGUCCAACGUUCACGCAAAGUCUCACACGCUAAGCUGCCAGCUAGCUGUAAUAUGGAGAAGCAUUGAGCUUUGCGGGCUGGGCUUUACAAUCACGAUUCCACCUGCUGGUAGUCGCAGGAUUCCCAGUAUUCGAUUCCAAACCGGGUGUCUCAAGAUUCACCAUGUCGCGAUAUCUCACGCCGGCCAAGGUUGGCCUUCUUGUCCUCAUCGAGCUUUACGUUGAAGAGGCGAUCCCCAGCGAUGCAGUCGUGCCUGUCCUGUCAUUCAUAGCGUCUCAUAUGAUAGGCUACGAUCCCAACGGUCCUUCUACAAGCCAAGCGACGAGAUGGACAAAGGCUGAACGCGCCGUCAGUCUGGUGGUCUCGAUUAAAGACUUUGAAAAGCUUCUCAGCAGCUAUCCAUUGUUGACGGGCUUACCCGGGAAGAGACUAUGGGACCAAUUUCUCAAUAAUCUGUGGGGGAUUGAUUCGCUUCACGCACUUGAGGAUUUCUUCACAAAUCUGUCAUCAAUGUUUCCCAAAUCAAAGGAAGAGCUUCGAAAAGAAGGCCUGGAUCCUGACGAACCCGAGCUGGGCGUCAAGCUCUCUCACAACUCGCCUCUUGGUGCUUUCAUCCGCAGAGCUCGCCUUGAAUACCAACGUCUUCAGUUCCAUGACUGUACCGAGCUCUGGAAGGACUUUGUUCGCUAUCGACAGCCAACAUCUCACUACCAGAAACGGAAGAACCCGGAUUUUAGCAGAUACAGCUUCGACAAUGUGUUGCUGCGUGGCGAGCUGGAGGAUUGGGAUGUCGACAAGGUUGCGGGCUUGGCAUCAGUAGCAUAUGGCGACAUGUUGGCUGGUGAUCGCACCGGAACACUUCCCGUCAGCAUAGAAGACGUUGAAAAUCUACUAGACUUUCAAAUUGAGCAGAUGCAGAAGUACGGCAACAGGAUACCUCUGGAGAUUCGGCAUCAGUUUCACGACCUCCUCAACGAUACCUUCCUAAUCCCAAGUCUUACACACUAUAUCACCUUCCUCGAUGCUUGGAGAGCUGGAGAUUAUCCAACUGCAUUCGAGUUUCUGCACCGGUAUUUCGACUACACAAUGCAGCAUCGUGAUCGUCUCUUUUACCAGUAUGCUCUGAUGAAUUUGGCUGUUUUGCAAGCCGACUUUGGUUGUUAUAAGGAAGCCAUGACGGCGAUGCUUGAAACAGUAACCGUAGCGAGGGAAAACCGCGAUAUGACUUGCCUCAAUUUCUCCUUAAAUUGGUUAUUCCACUUUGGACAGGCACAUCCAGAGCUCAUCCGUGGUCUACAAUCGGAUAACCUGCUCGGUACGGGAAAAGAAACGCUGGCCUUCCUCCGGGUCAAGGCCAGAGAAGCUGGGAUGUGGACUCUCUGGAGUUCUGUGCUACUAAGCGAGGCAAAACUCUGCCUUAUCAACGGCGACAGCAUCGCGACCGCUCUUGAACACAUGGUAAGAAGUUCGCAGAUUAUCGUGGAAAAGAAUAUGAAAGGCAUGUUGGGGGCGCACCUCAGCUUGUACUCGUCGCUCUGGGGUAGGCUCGGCCUUGGUCAUCUAGCCGCCGUCUCGUGUGAGAUCUUUUUACGUUGCCACACCUAUCAUUCCAUGUUCGAUGACGAGCUCAAGAUACUCAGCCGGUUCUGUCUAGCGCUUCUCGACCAGGGGAAAUAUCGCGAGGCUAUGGAAGUUCUCGACAACGUCGACGAAAACUCGUUGCGCUCAUGGAAGCCUAGCCAGUAUUGGUAUAAAUACAGGGGGAUUAUACGACUCAAAAGGGACUUACACCACGAUAACUUGGAUGGAGCAGAGCAGCUCUUAGACCAGUUUCUCCAAUCCAAGGGCGACGACUUUGAACCCGACCUAGCCUUUGUGAUUGACACCGCGCAUAUAGACUACUUGACACGCCGUGGAGACCUAUCAUCAGCCUCUGAAAAAGUAGACAAGAUGAUAUCGGAGCUUCAAGAUGAGAAUAGGGACAUAUGCCUGCGUGUCAAGGCACUUCUUAUCAAAGUUUCGCUUUUAGAUCGAUGCGGACGGCCUCAGCGUGCGUUUUCAAUUGCUCUCCGAGCGGCAAACUUGUGUUUACGGGCGCGGCAGAUGUCUCUGCUCUGGGCGUCAAUCGGCGCAAUAUCCAAUAUACUGGUGUCCAUGGGAGAGUUCGAAGCUGCCACACAGCUUCUCACCGCUGCAUUGCCACGGAGUCUGGAAUGCGAAUCUCCAGCUCUCACAGCCAAACUAUAUGCAUACCUCGCUGAUGCCAAUAUGGGACUGGCAGGCCAGUCUCAAGACGAAACCAGAGCUGGUGAAGAUGGAGAGACCCCAAAACGGGACCGCGAAUCCAGGGGAAGUGAGGCAACGAAAGCAGCUAUCCAACGACGCGAUGAGUAUUUGAAUAGAGCGGCGAUGGCGGUCCAAAGAGCAUUUGACGAGUACUCCAGCAUUGAAGACAUCACCAACCAAUGUGAGAUGAUGGCGAAGAAGGCGGUAAUCAUGAAAGUACUUGGGGAUAUGGCCUUGGCUGCAGAUUACGCUGCCGCAUAUGUUGGGCUCAAGAAGAAGGCCGGGUCACUGAGUUUACAGAGGGGGGAAACUGGAUAAUAUCCUGGGGAGCGGAAGCGGAGGCCAACAAGCCAGGCCCAAGGGAAACUGUAGCAUGUUCAUCAAGACACCUUGUCACCAAAUCAUCUUACCCUAGGGAUACGAUCUGAAUAUGGGAAAAGUAAACCAUUAAUAGGACGCAUCUUCUAUGGAUAAAAACAUGACGAAAUACACAGUAAUAUCACCAAAAUGACUAGGCCGUGAAAGCAACGAUCAGGAUAUCAGAACUACAUUGGUUAAAGUUGUUUUGUUCGAGAAGCUCGCAGACAGAAAAAAAAAUAGAGGGGGCAGCCUUCUAUUCCUCUUGGUAGGAAAUCUUCCGCAUUUCGC